AUGGAAGCAGCGGAGGAAACUCUCACUUACCGAGAUGACACCUUACUUCACAGGAAGCUGCUCCCAGAGGACAAGCAUAAGGACAACACGGACAGUAAGCGCCUCGCCACCGAGACAAGAAGCGAAGAGUCCAACUAUGUGGAUCUGGACAUGAAACCGGACGGCGCAAAAACAGUGAAAGUGACUUUCACUGGCGAGGGAAACCAGCUGUCUGUAAUCAAAUGCGACAGUUCAAAGCAGGGGGAGCAUGACGAGGAGGGUAAAAUAAUUUCAGAGGACUUUGUUGAAGAGCAGUUAGAGGACGAGCGGGCCACCGUCCCCGGGCCUGUUUCGGGUGAGCCCCCUUUGGAAACUCUGAGCAAACUUCCCAACACCGAUCAGGACUCGGAGAAUGAGAAGCAGCGCCAGGCCGAGCUGGACCCGAGUGACUGCAGCGAGCAUGACGAGCUCCAGUACACGGACAUGUAUCUGAACAGCAAGACGGAGUCUGAUGAUGGUGCCAGCGCGGUGCUGUCAGACCACUGCGGCUCCGACACCGUGGAGGACGAGUCCCACUAUAUCACGACGCACGAAAUCCAGCUGACCGAGCUCGACCACGACGUAGAUUACGACCUGGGGCGAGGGACCAGCUGGGACUUUGAAGACGACAACCUGGUUUAUUCAUUUGUGGAUUACGCGUCUUUUGAGAGCGACGACACGCAGGAGGGGACUCUGAUACUGGAGGGCAGGAGCCAGGCGAAAGUGCAGGCUAAACUUGGUGCGGUUGUCAGCACCGAGCAGGAGGAUAGUGAUCUUUGUGACUCGGACAAAUGCGCCAGCUCAGAUGAAAGCCUGUGCAAAAACCACAGCGGAGACGCAAAUGCGGGCAAAAUCCAUUUAUCAAUUAAAACCUCCUCCAGGGCGGUGAACGAGCCCGUCAGUAUCUUUGACAACAACACCUGUGGGUACACAAAACACUUUGGAGACGGGAGCCACUUCUCUUUUGUGAGCUCUGGCGCCAGAGUGGGGCCCUUGUGCGACAGAGCCCAAUAUUUCAUCCCUGCUCCGGGCCGUCAGCACCUCGCGUCCAAACUGAGACGGAAAGAUAUUAAUGAGUAUUCCAGCGGAGCGUCCAGCUCCAUCAGUGAGCUGGACGACGCUGACAAAGAGGUGCGUAAUUUAACCGCCAAGUCUUUCCGGAGCUUGGCAUGUCCAUACUUCGAUGCCAUUAAUCUUAGCACCUCUAGUGAGUCCUCUGUGUCUGAAUAUGGGCUCAAUAACUGGUCAGCUUAUGUGGACUGGAAUUAUGGAAACAUACGAGGAAGAGGAAGAGAGCGCAGCGUAAUUGCGCACAAGACUUCCAGAGCUACUUUGGAAAUGAAUAAGACUGUGGACAGUAAGAGGCAUGGUAAGUCUAGUACCGGCACGAAAGGUCCACAAACCAAAACGUACGCACUGAAUAAGAGAACAAGUUCUCAACAAUCAUCAUCUUCUAGCAAAAACAUCGAACUAAGAGAUCCAGUUCAUCCAAAGCAGCGUGGAGUCACGCUGAAUUUCCGCUGUAAUGUUGAAGCGCCUGAAGGCGCCAGACGUCCUAUAUGCUCCAAGAAAGCAGCAUCUAAUGAGGUCACUGGGACUGUGUUGGCCAGGUCAGGGUGCAAGAUGCAAUAUCAUCACACAGAUGGCGUGGAGGUCACACACAAAAGAGCCGUUUUUGCAUCAAGUCUGUUGAAAAAUGUGAUUUCCAAAAAGAUGCAGUUUGAACAGGAGCGCAAGAUGGAGAGGGGUGAAAUUUCUGACACAUAUCCAGCAAUCUCCCCAAGUUUUCAAUUGAAAGAUCAAGACAGGGGUCAGGGAAGAGGCAUGCAAAGACAGACAUCAGAGUCAGGCUCAGGUUAUACUGUUAGUUCUGCUGAUGAUCCACACCGAGAGGACAGCAGACCCUGUUCCUGUGAGCCUGCAGAGGAGCAGAACAGCAACGCAGCACCCGAGGAUGCAGAAAAAGUACAACAAGAGCCUCUAAAAGCAUCGCUCAGCCACAGCCAAAGUAGUGCAUUCAAUUCAGUGAAAGAAGAUGAGCCAGAGUCUGUACAUGAGGCUGAAUCCACAUCUGUAACCGACACACAGACUACAGCAAAAGGAUUAGACACCAGCAGCAUGCUGACAAAACUGCUUUUUGUUCCGAGCUGCCAGCUCAUUUCAAAAGAGAAGGAUUUUACAGAGGACUUGUCGAACCGUGCACCUGACACAGACGCACAGAAAUGUGAAAAGGAGUUCAAAACAGGCAAUGAUGGAAACAUAGUGGGCAAAGAAGAAAACGAGAAGGCAGGAAAAUCCCCUGAGAUUAAAAUAUGCCUGAGGAGUGUGAAGGAAAAUAAAGGCUGUACACUGAAUAUUGCCAGCCUGUUAACCCCUAAAAUAAGUUUCAACACUGUGAACACAAACAGGGCAGCAGGUGAGGCCAAAUGCCACGUUUUGUCUGCAUCAAAUAAACCCCCAAACUUCACAGUUAGAGACAUACGAGACACCAAAUGCAAGUUUCAAACACCAAUAUAUCAGGUCAGAGAUGUCCGUAAAUUAGUAAAAAGUUCAUAUCGCUUUGUUUCAUUAGAAAACAGUGAGAGUAAAUGUUCCUCAGCAGCUGAUAAAUAUGAGGUCAUAAAGGAGCCGGUUAAGCAUGUUUCACCAUCUCCUAUUGUGAUUAAAUGUCACUCGGUAAAAACAAAUGCUAAACAGACACAAGCAGAUGCAUGUGAAACAUCUCAAAAUGAAAACACACCAUCUCAUUGCACAGCCAGCAGGGUGCCACUUGUUGUAUCAAAGCAGCCUGAGCAGUCAGAAACUCAGACAAAUAUUGAAACUAAACUGACAAAACAGAGGCAGGAAAAGUCUGAGACAGCUGAAAGGAGAAAUGAGCCAAAAAUACCAAAACAGGCUGCAUUAGAGAAGCUAAAAGCUGCAGUCAAAACAAUGGAGCAGCUUUAUGUUUUUGAUAGAAAUGAAUGGAAGCGGAAAACCCAAGCUCCACAACCAAUCACAGACAGCCACGUGUUGUCGCUUAUUGCCAGUGAGGAGCAUGGAGCAGAGGAGCUGGAGGCCACAAACACUGACAGGAUUCAUCAGUCACAGGAUGAUAAAGGAGCUCUGAACAUCAUACAUGUUCCGUAUAGCGACGACACGUUUCAAACACAGUCACAGCAGAGCAAAACUUUUAGUAACAAAAGUGUGCUUCAUUUUGGCAAUAAGGCAAAUGUCAGCAUUAGUUCAGUUAUUCCACAAAGCUCUGCGCUGCAAACAUCAUCGACUAUGAAAAGCUCACCGGCGGCUCCACUGUCGGUGAAAAUAGAGCCCUCGAAACAUGGCCAGGUGGAGCGGGGAAAGGUCAAAAUCAUUCCCACUAAUCCCACUGUCGCACAGGCCUGCUCAGACUCUGAGAACUAUUUAACCAUACCGGGGCUGGGCUAUAUGAAUGAGGUCAAACUGCUGAAUCGAGAGCCCGUUUCAAGGGAGGGGAGUUCAAACCAAAUCCAACCAGAUGAUAGGAAGACACCUGAGCAGAAAAGGUCCCCGUUAAUCAUGGAGUACCCGGCUUCAAGCAUCUACCAUCAGGGGCCUCAAGCACAGCAGCAGGUGUUGUGUUUCUCUCCGACUGUCCCGACUGUGUCACCUACACUUUUUACUGGCGAGGCGGUCCCACAAACCCAGCGCAAGAUGCUUUUGGACCCCACUACAGGACAUUAUUACCUGGUGGACACUCCCAUUCAGGCCACCACGAAGAGACUGUUUGACCCUGAGACAGGCCAGUAUGUGGAAGUACCCAUGUCCCAUUCUCCUGUGUCACCUGUCACGCCUGUCAACCCCGUCCCCCCUGUGCCUGUCUCUCUGUCCCCCCUGGCACUGAGCCCAGGCACCUACGCCCCCACCUACAUGAUCUACCCGGGCUUCAUCCCCUCGCCCACUCUGCCAGCCCAGGCGGUGUUGUCGCAGUCGCCGUGCCACUCUGAGGAUGCAGGUGGAGAAAAGGUAAAACAUGCCAGAAGCCCAAAGCCGGAAGCAACAGGCGCAGAGAGUGCGUAUUACAGCGCGACACGUGAGGCGACACAAGGGCCGCUGCAGCUUCCUGUAAGUGUGGGACAUGUGACCACCAGAGGAGGUGCGGCGAGCACUGACAGGAAGCCAGUUAUCAGCAUCACAACGCCACAAGGUCCAAGAAUCAUCGCACCACCCUCCUUUGAUGGAACAACAAUGAGUUUUGUAGUGGAGCAUCGGUGA